GUUCAGCUGCUACUGUCUGAGCAGAGCGGGGACCUUCAGUAGAACCAUCGCCAUGGAGAUGACCAGAUCCAAACACCUCGGGGUCGUUCACGUCUUUGCCAUGGCGACGCUUCUGUCAGCAGCUCCAGUCUUGUGCAGCACAGAGGUGGUCAAUGGGACGGUGGGCUCCAACAUCACGCUCACCUUCAGGUUCAACAGCAGCUACGCUCACGAACUCACUGACGUCGGUCUGUACUACGGAGAACACCAGAAGAUGGCGCAAUGCCAGGCCUCCUCCUGCCCCAGCGCCUUCACCGUCCACAACCACAAUGCCACAGUGUUAUAUCACCUGUCUAACCUGACCCUGGAGGACAGUCGUGUGUACUACACUGCGCUGUACACAGUAAAGGCCCCCCGUCCAGAGAGUAACAGAGUCCAGCUGCAGGUGAUGGAGGAGAGCCAGACCACAGCACCUCCCCCCGGCACCUCCUCGUCGUCCUCUCCCACGUCUGUCUCCCUUGACAAGGGUUUGUCUCAGGGCCUGUCGUCCUCCGUCCUCACCGGAGCUGUGCUGGGUCCUCUGCUGCUGUUGGCCGGUGCUCUCUUCACUGUGUCCUGGUGCAUCCUAAAGAGCAAAGAAUUAAAAGAACAGAUUGAGGACCGCUCUAUCCCCACAGUGCAUGACAGAGUACCGUCUGUUGGUGCAUGUGUUACCCCUGGUCCCUCUGGCUCCUCUUGCGUUGAUCCCCCUGGUCCUUCUGGUUCUUCUCUGAUCUACAGCGUCCUGGACUUCCCCCAAAGACCUACUCGAGUCCUGGAUGUAGACAAUAACGCUCAGUACGCCACCAUCAGAUACCUGCCCUAAGAGAUGAUUACCUGCCCUCAGAGGUGAUCACCUGCCCUCAGAGAUGAUCACCUGCCCUCAGAGGUGAUCACCUGCCCUCAGAGAUGAUCACCUGCUCUCAGAGGUGAUCACCUGCCCUCAGAGGUGAUCACCUGCCCUCAGAGAUGAUCACCUGCCCUCAGAGAUGAUCACCUGCCCUCAGAGAUGAUCACCUGCCCUCAGAGAUGAUCACCUGCCCUCAGAGAUGAUCACCUGCCCUCAGAGAUGAUCACCUGCCCUCAGAGAUGAUCACCUGCUCUCAGAGAUGAUCACCUGCCCGAAGAGAUGAUCACCUGCCCGAAGAAACCAUCAUCUGCCCUGGGGAAACCAAGUCUGAGCACAGGAUGAGCACAUGAACACAGAGGGACUGACUGAGUGAAUGUAAA